CCAUUUCGGGUAACCUAAUUGAGACUUUGCACAAGGAGGCAGGGCAGAGUGUGUCGAGUGGGCUACACUUGUGCUUCAAUCACACUCCCCUGCUUUGUGUAGACUUGUCACUCAGUCCCAGGCCUCAAGAUGAAGAAGUCCUCGGAUUUCCUCUCCCUCCUGAACAAUCGCGACCUGAUCAAGACUCCCUCGGGCAGUUCAAUCAUCAACUUCCUGGUGAAGCCUAUGAGCGUCGAGAUGACCACGGCGGACAAGCUCAUCACGGGCGCCCGUCGGCAGCGGAUGAUGGAGCUGUUCGAGGAGGAUCGGGCCUGGGAGGCGGCCGAGCUCUCCCGCUUCGGGCUGAGCUGCAUCAAGGCCCCUGACUGCUAUCCCUGCUGCACGCCCUACGAGUGCGGCAAGGUCAAGAUGUAAUUGAACUGUGGCAUAGUCCUUGUAUGUAAAUCCUUAAUGUUAAAAUGCAUAUUACCUGAUGGAGUUCGUAAAGUA